CGCGUUUAUUCAAAUGACCAGGCUACGUUGACCUGCAAGGAAUAAUCCCAAUCUGAUACAUUCAAUUAAAUGUCCGAUUCAGAGGAUUCAGAUAUUGGUUUGCUUGUGCAAGCACUGCCAGUUUCGGAUUUUGAUUUGAAUGAUCCACCUAAUCACGAGAAGGCCCUUACAUCACCUGAUGAAUACUUAAAAUUUGUGCGGUAUCAAGCUUCAUCAUUCCCGAGUGUGUUAUGUUGUCAAAAUCCGCCUACAGGUAUGGUCAACCAAACGGCUACUUCAGCAACUGAGUAUUUUAAAUCGACUGACAAUGACAUUCAAAAAACUUGCAAGGUCAUUUCCACGAAGAUUUCAAGACAUUUACAAGAAAAUCAAAUCACUCAUUUCCGUAAAACUGUUGAUGAAUACCAAUGUUUGAAGUCACUAGUUUUGAGAAAUUUCGAUGAUAUGACUAGAACUGUUAUUCCAAUAACUAAAACAACAAUACUUGAACACACUCCAUCCUUAACUUGGAUCGCUCAACGAACCAGGUCAGAAAUUAUGACAUUGAUUAAUUUGGUUGCAUCCGUAUGCACCAAAAAGCACUGGAAUUCCAAAUUGAACGUGUGGAUUUUUUCUCUUCUGGUUGCUUUGGAGCCACCAUUUCAUCCAGAUUUAUGCCAUGAUCUUCGCACUAUCGUUAAACGAUGCCGCAAAUUAAGACGGGAUUUCGAGCAGUCAUCAUUUCCUACUACUACUGAUAAUAAUGUGAAACAGUGCAGCGUUGUCGCUGAAGAUAUUGAAUUUUUCAAUUUAUGUAUCAAUCUUAUAUCUCAUACUUUUGGUCAAUCUGAUCUAGCCGACGAAUUAACUGACUAAAUGAUUUCUGUCUUUCUAUAUUCUUUUUUUAACUGGUAUUCACGUGUAAAUAAUAAUUUUAUUUCACACAUUUCUGCUCUUCUUAAUUUGAACUAUCUAACUAGUGAUACACAUUGGAAUUAAAUAUUCCGUUCAAUUUAUACUUUAUUCGUAUGCCAUUUUAAAAAACUAUUAUUACGAAUUGAACUUACUCCCUAAUUUAAUUUUCUUAGAAGUUCUUUUGUGGUUACGUAUAAAUCAACGAAUUGUAUAAAGCCUUGAUAAACUUAAGUAACCGGAAGUAUAAUUAACGGAUGAUUACUUGUAUUCCGUUUUAUUGUUAAAUAAAUCACUGAGAUUAUGGAGAA